CGGAAAACUACACGAAGAAGAAGAAAGCAACACACUUUUCUCGAUCAAUGAGAAUAUAUUUUAAACAGACAAGAUGGUGGUGUACACACUUUUUUGAUUACUUCAUGAAGGCCCCAAAAAAGUAUUUAAUAUAAUAUUGGAGCAAUUUCUAAAUUCAAACGAACCCCCCUGCAACUACACAUGGACAUUUAGAAGAAAUGCGUUCUUCCAAGUCGGGAACUGAGGAAGCAUCGUCAAGUUGGUCGAAAAUGAUCUGUGCUACACUUAACAUUACCUACCUAAUAACGCCUAUAAGCCAGCUGGAACAGUAAUGGUCUGACUAGGGAUUUGUGAUAUUUUUAAUAACUAUGGUGCAUUGAUGUUUUUUAAUUGCUAGGGUGCAUUUUGUUCGGGUCUAUAAUCUCAGCUAUCCGACAGAGGAUAAAGAAGUUUCAUACUCUCUCAACCCCCCCCUCCCCCUCCCCCCCAACUAUUCAUUAGAAAGGAGCAAGAGACAGACUGCACACAGAAUGAGCUCAUCUGCUCCCAGGAUGGUGAACAACUACAAGCGGACUUCCAGCCCUCGGUCUCCUACGAACAGUGGGGAGCUUUUCACUCCAGCGCAUGAAGAGAAUGUGCGCUUCAUCCACGACACCUGGCAGUGUGUGCUCAGAGACAUCCGGUCACCACAGAGCAGCGAACGCAAAGACCGUGGACCACAGGAGUAUGUGGAAAAGAACCCAAAUCCCAACUUAAAUUCUUUCACACCAGUUGACCUGAGUGACCUCAAGAAACGCAACACACAGGACUCCAAGAAGUCCUAGUCUUUCUCUUUAUAGUCAACAGCUUUUUUUCUGCACUAAUUAUCCUUGAGAACUUUCUCCUCCUCUGUCAGCCAGCAAGUCAACCUUUUGGCCAUUCCUGCCCAGAAUGCCGGUCCUCUUUCUGCCCACCUGGACUAACAGCCUGCCCAUUCAACAGCAGUGGGCUGAUGUCCUAACAACCAAAACAUUUUUGGAGUCCCUUAUCCCCCCCCCCCCCCCCCCCCCCGUUCUUUCUCUGUCUGGGCUCAAUAUUUUCUUACCCUACCUCUCAUCUGGUUGACGUGGAAAGCUGGCAUUUGAUUUCCAGGGAUUCUCUCUUCCGGUUCUUGGUUUUACAGCCAUUAAUUUUUCUUUUUCACUCUUUCUUUUUUUUUAUGUGAAUGGGACUGAUGCAGAGUUUCAAUGAAAUAUGCUGACAUCCUGAUGCUGAAGUACAGACUGUGUACAAAUUCUUUAUGGGACACUUUAAAAGACUGCGGUCUUAAAUAUAAACUGUUUUCUUUUCAAUCUACAAAGGAUAAUGCUGAAGGGCUGACAUUCUUUUUUUUUUGGAAGAUAGUUGAAUUGUAGAUAUAUUGGAAUGGAAUCCGAUUGUACGGGCGAGUUUUGGAAACCAAAAAUUGUUUAGGAUAAAUGCCAACAUUUUUCAUAUACAUUAAUGCCCCUAAAAUGGACUUAAAGUAGACAUCUCCACAUUGACUUCUCAGCCUUGAAAAAAAAUAUUGAAUAAAAUACUUUUACAAUA